UGAUUGAAUUAUAAUAUCAGAAAGAAAAAUAAUGGGUUGUAGUGGAUCGAAGAGCAGCAAGACUCUUAAUAAGAAAGAUGGCAAUAAGCAGAAGAAGACUUUUAAUGGCUCUCAGGACAGAAAAGGAGCUGAGGUCAAAAGCUCCAUCCCUGCCAAGACUGAAGUGGCUAGUGGGAAUGUUGUUGAAUCUGGCAACACAGCUAAUACUUCUAAUAGGAGAGCAGUAGACAAUGCUAUAGUCAGUAACGCUAUUUCUAAAAGUUCCUCAAAGAAGGUAAAGGAAGAAAGAGCUAAAAAGGAAGAGAAAUCAGUUUCAAAGUCUAAAAACAAAGAUGAAAAUUCAAAACUUCCGGCUUACUCAAGCUAUGAGGAUUCAGAAGAAGAAUCUGUUAAAAUGGAGGCUAGUGAAGCCCAAGAGAACGAAAAUGAGAGCGAUAGUGAAGAAGAAAGUCAGGAUGCUGAAGAGAAUGAAGACAGUGAUGAAGAAUCAUCUGAAGACCAAUCAGAAGAUUAACCAUAUCCUUCCCCUCUAAUUAUAUUUAAACCAUAUUUGCACUA